UUCCCACGCUCACAGACCACAGAUUUACCUCCUACUCCACCCGUCUGCAGACGACCGAGCAUCAACUUCAGACGUGCAACCAGCAUGUAGCCGGGAGGCUUUGACUGCAAACCCCGACACACGGAUUUGGUCCAAAGCAAUAAAUAGAGGGAGUAAAUGAGCAGGAGGAGAAAAAUGGCAGCAGCAAACAUCCUCCACAUCACACUGUGGACCGUCACGUUCUUCGCCGCUGCACUCUGCUGCCCUGAGAUCUGCUCCUGCACAGAUAAAUACGGUCGCCAUUUUGCUGAAUGCUCCUACAAGGACUUGACUGAAGUCCCAGAUGGUUUGCCCCUGAAUGUUAUGACUGUGAGUCUCUCUGCUAACAGGAUCAGUGUGAUACCAGUGGGCAGCUUUGAUAACGUCACCCAGGUCACUUCUCUGUGGUUGGCCCACAACGAGAUCGUCUUGAUCGAACAGGGGAGCCUCAUGCCUUUAAUUAAUCUACGCAACUUUGACAUUAGCCACAAUAAAAUCGUAGACUUCCCUUGGGAGGAUCUACAGAACCUCACAACCCUGCAGAUGUUGAAGAUGAACCACAACGAGAUGGUCCAUCUGCCAAAAGAUGCCUUCUUCAAUCUUUUAGACCUGAGGUCCAUCCGACUCAACAAUAACAAAUUUGUAUCCCUAGCUGAAGGGACCUUUGAUGGUUUGGGGUCUUUGUCCCAUUUGCAGAUUUACAACAACCCUUUUGCAUGCACAUGCACCUUGGACUGGCUCAGAGACUGGAUCGCAACAACCACCAUCUCAGUGACGGAGCAAAACUUGAUCAAGUGUGCAACUCCCGAGGAGCUUAAAGGUGAAGUGAUUGCUAAAUUGCCUGAGUCAAAGUGCACAACCCCGAAUGUCACAAUACAAACCAAGCCAAGCCUUCGAUCUUCACGUGUCUACGAGGACAGCGAACUGAUCUUGACUUGUGAAUUCAGAGGAAAUCCAAAGCCGCUAGUUGUGUGGAAGAUUAACUGCAGAGGCCAUGAACAGGAGCUGGCUUUGCCGUUCACCGAGGAUGGCUCCGCCGAAUCCAUCGAGGACUCCUCAGUGUCCUACGACUCUCUUAAGGUCUUCAUUAAUGGGACUCUUCUUAUUUCAAACCUCAAUAAGAAAGACAGUGGAAAAUACAGCUGCUCUGCCGAAAAUGAGUUUGGUAAAGCUGAGGAUUCAGUGUCAGUGGAAGUGGUGGCAAAACCAAAACCAACACCAGUAAGACAAAUGACCACAACAUUCCCUUACACUAAAGCAAUCCCAUCACCAUCACCGUCACCAUCUCAGCACCAAAGAACAGACAGAACAUCUAUUUUUGAUGCUGUGCUAUUCCCUGAUUUAAAGGCAAAAGACACUCUGGCCAUCACACCCACCAGUCCUCCUACGGUAGAAAUCAGUUCUUCUGAGUCAUAUGAGGACACCACAACAUAUCUGCCUCGUUCUAGCAAAUGUGGCUUGACAGCUAAUACAAAAAACAUCUCCAGUCCUGUCUUCAACAGGAGCCUUGAUGACGUAAAGCAGUACACAUUUGACUUUGGUGUCAUUGCAUUGGGGGUGUCAGAAACGGAGGCAACGGUGCGACUCAAUCCUCUACUCUUGCCUAGAAUCAGGAGUACCAGUCAAGAGAACACCGCCGCCACAUACGACAGCUUCCAGACUGACAGCGGGGAGCGCCUCGGCUUUCCAGACUCCUUCGAAAAAGUCCAUUCAAGUGGUUUGUACCUGUGCGUCACUACUGACAGCAAACACUCUGCCGUGCAGUGGUCAAGGAUCAAGGAAGGCGUCAACACAUAUCUGUUCAGCGGAUUGCGACCUGGAACCAACUACUCCUUGUGUCUGACCUACAGAGGGGAGGACUGUGAGGUCCAGGUCCUGUUCGCCACCAGAAGGAGAGUGCCUAACCUGCUCAUCAUCAUCUCAGUCAGCAUCUGCCUGCUCACCGUGUCCACUGUGCCUCUGUUGGGCGCAACGUGCUUCCACCUGGUGUACAAGUACCGCAGCAAGACGUACAAGCUGAUCCUGAAGGCCAAGGACCAGUGCCACAUGGAGAGAAACCUGGCCGCCAACUUACAUGUAAACAUGUACGCUCCCCGCACCGAAUCUCAGAGGAAGAUUAACGGCAGCCAACUGGACGAGGAGGACGGCGAGGUGGAGAGUGUGGACGACGGGGAGAAGGAGGUGGACACGGAGGAAAGUGUGGUGACUGAGUCGUUUAGUCUGUCUAAGUGCAGGGAUAACGUGGACGACUGCGAGGUGGGAUCUGAGUACAGUGACAGGCUGCCUCUGGGAGCUGAAGCUGUGAAUAUUACAAGCAACUACAAUUAUCCAAAUCAAUAAUCUGCAGAUGGUUUUUGCAUUUUGUCCUACAUUAUGUUUCCCAUUGGUGCCAAUAGUUUAAUUUCUCUGCUGCAGUGUCCCAUAGGAAUGAAUAGACUCACGGACGUAUUAUUAGAGUGCACAGAAGCGAGGGGAAAUCUGGGGUUUUAUUAGUACAAAGACAGGAAGAAAAUGUUUUAGUUAGUCAGAAUGGGAUCUGAUGGCUUUGGGUAUGAAUAGUUUGUCAAUCGAUCACAUUUCAUGUCCGUCUCUUGUGCAUUUUAUGCGUCUGGUGUAUGCACAGCUACAGAGUACGAUAAAAACACAAUAUUUACAUUAAAUAGCACAUGCUUCUUCAUUUUUCUUACUUUAAAAGCAGACAAUGAGAAGAAUUUGUAAAUGUGUCUGAUUUUCUCUGCAUCAAUUUAAUCAAUGUGGUAGACAAUCAUGUGAUACAUGUACCUGAUAUCAUGUGAAGGAAUAAGUGCAAUAGUUCAUAUAAGGGACUUCAGCUACUGCUUCCCUUUUUUUAUUUCUUCCUUAUCAAAUCCCCCCGUCACCUUAGAUUAAAUGAGAAAUAGUAUGUACCUUUGAAGAAAAGGAGACACUGUUUCUGGAUGUCUGAAUGAAUCUUUAGUUUUAUCUGUAGCUUAUCUUUUUCUUUUCUUUACCUCUAUUUUUCAUGUUGGCUAUUUCUGGUGGGGUCUGUGAUGAACCGUGCAAAUAGGAACAGCUCACUAAAUGCUAUCUUCAGACCUGGGAAGUCCCCCUAAAAAGUGACAGAGUCGUGUUACGUUGGCUUUUUCUCUCAAACGAGGGCUGUACAGUUCUCAGAAAAUGUGUGUUAUGAGAUGCAGGUGACGAUCUGAUACGUAGAACAGUUCAGAGUGUGGUUGUUUAUUUCUUUCUCUUUUGCAGUUAAAGUUCACCCUUUAACUAAUUGGUCCUUUAAAAAGCCUAUACACAAAAAAAAUGGAAGCAGCUUGAUUUUAUUAAAUAAAAAAUAUAAAUGAUUAUCUGCACCCAGAAACAGCUGCUAUGGUUUGUCCUAUAGCUCGUACAGUUUAUUGAUUAUUGUUGAAGAACAUCACUAUGCCCAAAACAUUUACUGCUGGAUUUGUGUGUUGGAAUCAAAAUCAAACUCUAGGAAACCAAAUUAAGGUGACAAUUAUAUUAUUUAAAAAGGUAAACACAGUAUUACCUGCCUUUGUUGUAAGUCCAUGGCCAAAGAAGUUAUCAGUUGACAAUCAAUGUAAUGAAUACCUUUGGUGCUGAUCCACGCUGUUGGGUCAUUUGUUGUUUCUGUUUGUGUAUGUUAGCUUUUAAGCCAUAAUUGUUCGCCCAAUAUUUCCCCUUGAUCUUUUUCCCCCCUUCUAUCACAAACCUGACAACACUAAGUCAUUAAGUCAGCAUUUAAACUGGCUUCUCUAAUUGAUCAAAUGUUAUUGACAUUCGGAGUGAGGAGGUAUGGCGCUUGGAAAAACUAUAGACAAUCCAUUUAUUGAAAUAUUCCUUGGCUUUUUGCAAUCUUAGGCAUGUUGACAAUGUGACAAUGAUACAAUUUUGAUAUAUUGUGCCUCAAACAAGGGAACACGGAGACAUGGGAUGGAAAUCACAGGGGCUGAAAAAGAAAGAGCUGUGUUUGAGCUUCUGAUAACUAUUUUUUAUUUUUCUGACUUCUUUUUUUCCAUUAAUUUGUCAGAUAUAGGUAUCGUGGUUAUCUGAUUAGGUUUAAGGCGGAAAAAUGUUAAUGGAAUUUAAACAUGUUGCUCAAUGGAAAAAAAUAAUAGAGGUCAAUGCAAGAAAAAAAUAGUUUUAAGAACUUAAUCUUGGGUUGUCUGACGUCUAAACCAAAAUAAAAUGUCAAAGAAAACCAAUAGAUUUGCUUGUAAAUUUGUGGUGUGGCAUUAGGAGUUCAGUAGCUUCAAAAUAUAGACGCCUAAAUGUCACAUAACUGAGUAUAAAUGUUGUUCAAACUGUUGUUUCAAAGAAAAGGUAAAACCAUUGUAACCCGCAGUCCAGUGUCCAGUGUCCAGUGCAACUGUGGAAAAAAAUGUGUUGAAUCUGUGCUAACUAUGACCUACUGUCGUAUAAACCGUGUACAAUUACUUCAGUGUAUCCACCAAGUCUUACCUGAGUGUCACGUGUCCAUCCUCGGGUGUUUUCAACCGUAGACUAGAGGGGUAAAGGACCUGCAUGCUGCCCACUGCUGUGAUUUAUUAUUGUUUUAAUAAAGAAAGAACAGGAGCAAAAAAGCUUUCUUUGAAACCAUUUUCAACACUGUUAAGAGGUUGUUUUUGGGGGCGGGGUUCUUAUCUCCGCCCCCUAAAACCAGACUCUUUCUCUUUAUACUCCUGUGAUGGAUAAAAUGGUAUUUAAUGGUUUUUACUGCAGUGUUUUGAAAGCUCUACUAAUUCUUU